AUUUAUUAGUACAGUUUUUUUGUCAACGUGUAAAACUCUUAAUAAACAUCAUAAAUUAACAUAUAAAGAGAAUAAUAGACAACGCUCUUGUGUGGAUGGAUCUUCAGUGUUCAGACAAGCUGGUAACUAGGUGAACUGAAUUGUCAUUAGACUCACUACAGCUUUUAGUCUUUUAUUUUCCCCCAUCAAAUUUGGAACAUUAAAAGAUAUCUAGUCGUCCUUGAUUUCCUCAUUACAGCUUUUAGUCUUUUAUUUUCUCCCUUCAAUAUCGGAACAUUAAAAAAUAUCUUAUCUUCAAUAAUUUCCUUCUAUUUUUCACUGAAUUAUCAUAUUUAGCCAAAAUGUUCUGUUAGUGUUUUAGUCUUAUACGUUUAAAAAUGUAUAUUUUGAUAUAAUAUUCCAGUCACGCCAGUUUGUUCUAAGAAACUUUUUUGUAUGCUUAUUCAUUUUUGUGAGGAUAUUUGUUCACAAGUUGAUUCCAUUGGCUUUACUGCUUUCGGAAAAGGAAAAGAAACAUUUUACAUUGACAGUACAGAGUCCCAAGAUAUUUGUUUUAGAAUUGAACUUCAAGAUAUUUUAUUUUUCAUUGGUCUUAAAAUGUUUUUUUUUUUGUUUUCAUAUGUUAUUUUUUGGUCUUAAGAUGUUUUCAAGAUAUUUUAUACAGAAGCUAUACUUUAGAAGGCCCAAAUUCUAUCUCCCCAUUUCCACUUUAUGCGAUAGUGUUGGAGGCUUGGAGGUAAAUCGAUGUCGCAGGUUACUAAAUUCCGACCUGAGACGUACGAAUAUUCGAAUAGAUCAAAGAUCCAUAUUACAUUGAUAAGGCAAAAGACAAUAGAAAGUGUAGAUGGGCCAAAAAGCCCUCUUGAAAAUAUACUUUCAUGCUUUAGUUGCUUCCUUAUCACGUUACAUAUCAGAGCUUUUUUUUCUGUCACUGAAAAACUUCAUUAAUAAUAAAGAUAGGAGAAUGGGCCAACUAAGGUCCAAGUCCAAAGAGUUCACUACAGAAGAUAAGAAAAUCGAAGAUAUUCUUUUGCGAGAUUAUCAGCUUCCACAUUCAGAGAACGAGAGAUAUGCGCAAAAGAGAUUGAUGCAAACUCAGUAGAUAUCGAUCGGAUGUCUUUCGCAAUACCGAUGAUUUCCUUAGCCUGAGUGAUGCCAGAGAUUGCUCGGAUGAGGUUAAGUUGUCGGAGAGCACCUCAAGAGAGCUGAACUCCAAAUUGAUCGCCAUACACAUAGCUGAUCUGACUGCCGAAGCCUCUGCAACUAGUGGGGAGCCUAUCGAAGCUUCACACAUCGAUCCUUUGAUGGGAGAACACCCAACCUAGUCCUGCUACGAGUUUUUCCUUGUGCCACGCUGCAUCUGUCUUGCAUGUCACCUGAUCGUUAUCGAGAUUAAUCUGUGGUGGUGCUUGCGAUUGGAUUUGCUAACUCUGAGGUAGGUCCUUCUUUCCAGCGAAUUGGUCCAUUCUCUUGCUAACUUAAUCCCUUUCAAUGCUGUUUCCUCAGGAGAUUGGUAUCGUCCUUCGAAGAUGAGGGUGUUUCUCGCCGUCCAGAUGGCCCAUAAAACCCAAGGUAGGAUGUUGAGAGAGAUUCCUGAGGGAGGCAGACAAAUAACUUUCCUAAAUUUGACUACUACCUCUGGGAAAGUCAAAACCGCAGCUAGGUGAACUGCUUUGCUAAGGGAGAUCCCAAAACAAUGCAUCUCGGUCUCUGUAUCUUGGCAUCUUACACAAGGCGUUGCUGAUGUCAUACCUCUUCUUUGCAGAUUUGAGCCUAGAGAGAUAGCUUUAUGGACGAUGGACCAGAGGAACGUUUUCAUCUUAGCAAAGUAACCUGAUCUGGUGGAGUAAAUGCCCGAAGCUGUCUGGUGCCAAAUAAAGGAGUCUUCCGCCCCCGUUGAGCUUAUAACUUAUAAGUUAAACUUAUAAUACUUCAGACUUCUAAAUGGUCCGGUAACCUAAACCUCUGGCAAAUUUGUUUAGUAUAAAGUAAAGGGUAUUUCACUGAAACUUCAAAAUAAAGGCUUUGUUUCAAUGAUGUCAAAGAGUUCCUUCUUAGACAAGAAAACCAUGACGAAAAAUCCGAUAUUAAAAUUUACCUUUUCCUUUUUUUUUUGGUAAAAUACCUUUUCCUUUUUGUUGUCGAAUAUUUAUGUUUCCACUUAUAGAAUUUGGCAUAUCGUGUUCAUCUAGGACUACGACAAAUGGACAAUGGAAGAACAAAUACAUAAAUAUGGAAAUUUAUCAAAAGUAUAUAUUCAAAAAAAAAGGAGAAAUUUAUCAAAACUGUGUCGACGUGUCAGGUUUUAUAUAAGAGAAACGAGUAUAUGCGAUUAGGCCCAUUAGGGUUUCUGGAGUUAGCAAGCAAAACUGAGUUAGCAGCCAAUAUCUAAUCACUAAUCAAAGACCUCGAUCUCUCUCCGUCAUCAAUGGGAAGUGCCGCUUCUGUGAACCUCGCUAGAAGCGAAGAAGAGAAUCCAUCGCUAAAUCAGAGAGAGUCAUCGCCUAUUGCACAAGACGUGGAGGAGUCUAAAACCCUAGUUGAAGAUUCGAAUGAAAGAAAGGAAAAAGAAGUUGAAGAUGGUGAAGAGUGCAGUUUUUGCACAUACAUAAAGGCAGGUGAGUGCAAGGAAUCAUGGAUUGAAUUGGAGAAGUGUUUGGAUGAAGCCAAGAAGAAGGACGGUGAAAGUGACGUCACGAAGUGCAAGGAGGCGAGAAAGAUGUUCAAGACUUGUAUUUAUGACAACCCUGUUCACUAUGAGCCCGUUAUUGCUGCGGAAACUUAUAUGUUCGCCAAGAUGUUAAGCGAUCUUCAAGCCAAAAAGGAGGCCGUUCUUGUUGACAAGGCUCAAGUGGUUGCCAAGAUGUUAAGCGAACUGAGAGCGGAAAAAGAGGCCAUUCUUUCUGGUGAUGCUGCCUCCGUUGUUAAAGCGUUAAGCAAGUUGCAAAAAGAGGACGAGGAGGAGACCAUUAACAUUCUGCCCGCUGAGGCUGCAGCGAUUGCAAAGAAGUUUAGCGAGUUGGAAGCGAAAAAGAAGGAGAAGGAAGAAAAGUGACUAUUCUCAUGGUAACAUUCUUUUAUGAAAAUUGACGAAUUUGAUAGACUGAUAUUGAUACUUUGUGUGAAUGUCAAUUUAGAUGAAUAUUCUGAUUCUCUUUUUUUGUUUCUCUUAGUUUUGUUUAGUGUUUUUUCUUGUCUUGUGGGAAAUUUACAACCUUUGCUUAUAUAAAUUGAUGCAAUUCUACAAUUUUGUUAUUUAUUAAUCA